GCUCUGGCAGCACAUUGCAGCGAUGGCCGGAGACAGUGAGGCUCUUCUCAGGGACCGGGAUGAGAACACCAACGUGAUUCGGCAACCUUUUCUCAUCGGUGUCUCCGGUGGCACAGCUAGCGGCAAGUCAUCUGUGUGUGAGAAGAUCAUGGAGAAGCUGGGCCAGAAUGAAAUAGACCACCACCAGCGACAGGUGGCCAUCCUCAGCCAGGACAGCUUCUACAAGGUGCUGACUCCAGAGCAGAAAGCCAAAGCACUAAAGGGCCAGUUCAAUUUUGACCAUCCAGAUGCCUUCGACAACGAGCUCAUCAUGCAGACGCUCAGACUGAUCCUUCAGGGAAAGACUGUGCAAAUCCCAGUUUACGACUUUGUCACCCAUUCCAGGAAAGAGGACUUUGUUACGGUGUAUCCGGCAGAUGUGGUCCUGUUUGAGGGCAUCCUCAUGUUCUACUCUCAGGAAAUCAGGGACCUGUUCCAGAUGAAGCUGUUUGUUGACACAGAUCCAGACACGCGGCUCUCGCGUCGAGUUCUGAGGGACAUCAAUGAGCGUGGCAGAGAGCUGGAGCAGGUGCUCAGUCAGUAUAUAACUUUUGUGAAACCGGCCUUUGAGGAGUUCUGUUUGCCGACCAAGAAAUAUGCAGAUUUGAUUAUUCCCAAAGGGGCAGAUAACCUUGUGGCCAUCAACUUGAUAGUCCAGCACAUCCAAGACAUUCUUAACGGUGGACAGACCAAGCGUCAGAACGGCUUUGUGAACGGACACAGCACGCCCCGGCAGCGGAGAACCUCAGAGUCCAGCAGCCGGCCUCACUGACAUCGCCUCGCCUCUCUUCACAGGGCGGAGAGGGGUGUGGGUGUCGCACUGUAAAUAACGCCACCCUGGCUAUCCUGUAUUUAAGAAGCAAAAGACAGAAGAGUAACGGAAAUGCCUUGCAUCGACUCCCCUUUUGUGAUCGGUUAUUGUUGUUUUUGUUAAAACUUGUUUAAAUUUUUUGUUUAAAGGAUUAAGAAGGGUCCUCUUAUAAAAACCUCGGUUCCAUUUUAAACCAGGUUUUCUCCUCCCUUUUAUUUUUUUUUAUGUGUCCCCUGCUGAAUAAUGGAAUAUUUUGCUGUUGGCAAA